CAAUGUGUAGAAUAGGAGAGCGCAGACACUUUUCAUUCCCCUCUUGGGCAGAAAGAGAGGAGGAAAGGCUGUCUUGAUGGCUUGAGGUAGGAGAGGAUCAUGGCAGUAGCCAUCUCUGCUGAAUAAGGAAACAAAGAGCACAACUAAAGGACAUUGGAGACGUGUGCAUUUCAAAGAGAGUGAAGAUUUUGGAGCAAUUUUUGUCAAGCCGUACAGUUUCUAAAACAGAUGGGAAUUGGUUCCAUUGAACCUUUCUUCUGGGAAAAUGCACUGAAUCAGACACUGUGCCUAAUAUGGCUGAUUGUGACCUUUACCUCUACUGGAAUGGACCCCAAUGCAUGACUUUGUUACCAUGGUGAUGAUCUUAACUACAACUCUGGAAAACAAAGGUGCUGAUUCUCUAUCAUGCAGGGCUGAGCUGCACACUUCAAAGAAGAUGAGUCAAGGACCCACUCUUUUCUCUUGUGGAAUUAUGGAAAAUGACAGAUGGAGAGAUCUCAGCAGGAAAUGUCCCCUUCAGAUCGAGCCGCCAAGCACCAACAUUUGGGACUGCUUGCCUGACAAAAGCGAAGAAAGCUCCAUAUGGCAGAGAGAGGCAGCUAGCACGUGCUCGGUGACCAACUUGAUCAAAGACCUCAGUCUCAGUGACCGCAAUGGAAAUCCCUCAGCACCUCCCAGCAAACGCCAAUGUAGGUCACUCUCUUUUUCUGAUGAGAUGUCUAGCUGCAGGGCUUCAUGGAGGCCUAUAGGAUCAAAGGUCUGGACUCCUGUAGAAAAGAGACGGUGUUAUAGUGGGGGAAGUGUCCAACGCUACUCCAAUGGAUUCACAACCAUGCAGAGGAGUUCAAGCUUUAGCCUUCCUUCCAGGUCAAACACACUUUGCUCCUCCUAUGACCAGUCUGGAUUUAGCAACCGAUUUGGAUGUCAGCCAUGCCAAGGAAUGCAAACGUCAGCCACUUAUGGACAGACAAAUGAUAUCUGGGGCAGUGAUCACAGUUCUGUUGAGGGUGGCAGAGUUGAUAUCCAGCGAUCACUCUCCUGUUCCCACGAUCAGAUUUCCUUUUCAGAGUAUUGUCUGCCCUCAGCAAAUAGCACCCCCGCCUCAACCCCAGAGCUAACAAGGCGCUCCAAUGGGCUUUCCCGAAGCCGCUCCCAGCCAUGCGUCCUUAAUGACAAAAAAGUUGGAAUUAAACGACGGCGGCCUGAAGAAGUAAAGGAACAGAGACCUUCACUGGACCUUGCCAAGAUGACCCAGAAUUGUCAAACUUUUAACAGCCUUAGCUGCCUUAGCACCACAGCAGAUGACUGUGCUCAGCAGAAUCAGUUCUCACCUGGUGUCAGGAGCAACAAGUCAUGGACAACAACCUUGGACGUCAUGCCAGGCAGGACGCCGGCCUGCACCCCUGUGCCAGAGCCACACUCGAAUUUGGAAGAAUGUAAAUCAAGCAAAGAAGAAGAUUUCUCCUAUGAGGAGUCAGAGUUUUGUGCCACAGAAGAUGAGAGUAGUAGGAAAGAAGAUGAAAAUUCCUCAUGGAGGAACAGUGGGGCAGGAGGGGGAAAUGUCUUUCAGUUGGAUGGUGAAUUAGAUAUUGAGCAAAUCGAAAACAACUGAGCACACACACAGGAUGGCCUGUCUGCGUCAAAGCUUUUAGGAGUGGUAAAAUCUUACAGAUGUUAACGCAGACAGUGAAAAAAAUCCACAUUCCCCUUUCUCCUUGGCAGGUGGGAGAGGGCAAGAAGCUUUGCCAAAAUUUCAUCAGGUAUCUUGUUAAACCUUGAAACUCUUUAGAACUACUGUAGCCCUCGAGGUUUUGCAAACAAGCUUUAGAGAAAACCUCCAAAUUACAUCAGCGCAAUUUUUGUUUUGUUUUUUGGGGUAAAAGAAAAAAGAAAAGCUUUGUGGAUGUAUCAAAACUUGAAAUUCUCGAAUGCUAGAAUAACAGUAAAUUAAAACCAAACAAAACGUGUUUGGAACAGGACUUAAGCAAAAUGAAAGGAAUGACCAGAAUGUCAGUUGCAGGUCUUCAUUCACAAAGUAGAUAACGUGCUAUCUAGUGAGGAAGCUGAUCCCGUCCUCUGCCUGAUGGGAAUCCUAAUCCGCUUUGGUUUUUAGAAAGAGUGGAAUAUAAAGAGAUUUUAUUGUUGUUGGCUGAUUUUGGUUCUAAACUGUACCUCAGCUAUCCUUAACAAAGGGGGAAAGGGGGAGAUUAGCAUUGUUAUCUGAAUCCAUUUUCUGUUGCAUUAUCUUUCAUAUUGCAUUUCUGAUAGGUGUUACAAGGUCUCGCAAAUCAGAACAUUACAGUUCUUUGAUGUAGAGUCAAAAUUCCCAGAGAUGCAGUAGCUUGUUAUGGUCUGUAAGCUCCAUUUUUCUUUUCUUUUCGUAGUCCUCAAUAAAAAAGAAAGCACAACACAUUUGCCCUGAUCCAGCAAGGGAGAUCUGUGGGCAUAAACAGGUUUGCACGAUUUACAGCCCAAUCAGAUACAGAUGGGCUUUUUGGACACCCGUUCUCAUCUGGUCCAGGUUGGACUGACUGGGUGCAUCUUUUGAUGAAAACAAGGAUGCAUUUCCGGGGCCCACUACUUGUUAUGCCCGGAUUGAGGCCAUUGUCUUGGGAAGAGGAUCCGCCCAAUCAUUUGUGCAUCCAGAAAUUUAAAUACAUGGCAGCAAUAAAUUGGUAAUGCUAUAUCCAUAAUGUAAUUAUGGUAUCCGGGUAACUGAUAUUUGGUUUACAUAGUGCGAGACCGCAUAUAUAAGGAUAAUAAGAGUUAGUGAAUAAUGGAGUUUCUUGAGAUUAGUGCUUGUAUCAGAAAAAGCUCAUAAAUACCUUGUUUUUUCUCGGGAGUGGAAAACAACGCAUUCCCCACCCUGGUGCCCUGCAGAUGUUUUGGCCUUCAAUUCCCAUCAACCCCUAACCAGCAUGGCCAAUGCUUAGGAAUGCUGGGAGUGGUAGUCUAAAAAAGUCUGGAGGGCACCAGGAUAGGAAAAUCUGGGGUAACACAUGAUUUCUUAACUGCAUUUUGUACAGCUUGUCACCAGCACCCUAACUGGCAUCUACCGUGCCACAUUCACCAGCAGAAAAAAGUUAAGGUAACACUAUGCUUUGCAUGCAUUGGGAUCAUCCUCACCUCCAAACAGCAAUAUAGGGCAUGUACAGCUCUACCUUUUGGGGCACAAUGUGGGAUAUUGCUACAGUUGCCAGUUGCAACGCAUAUGUUCCUUAUGGUUACCCUUUCUUCCACCCCCACCUCUCCAUGGAAGAUAUGGAUGCAUGUGGCCCUAAGUGCAGGAGAAAUUACCCUCAACAGGGAUCUGUUGCCCCAUUUCCCCAUUUCACAAUAGAAUAAAACUCUUACGUUUCAGAACAGACCAAUUUCUAGCUACUUUGUACUGUUGUCAACAGAAAAGAGCUUAUGAUAAGAGCACAGAAUCUUGUGCACCCUGCAGGGCUGACACUGGGAAUCACAGACGAGGCUUUGAGGGCUUUGUUGAAUAUUAGGCAUGGAAGCUUUAAAGAUUCAAGCCCCUGAAUUGUUAGAGCAAGAGUGGGGAAUCUCUGGCCCUCUGAACAUUGUGGGACACUAACUCUCAUUAUCCCUGACCAUUAGCCGUACUGGCUGAGACUGAUGGGACUUGUAGUCCAACAAUAUUUUGAGGGCUGCAGCUUCCCUAUCCCUGCUCUAGGUUGUAAGCUUUGUUUUCUUUUGAGUUUGCUCUGCAUUGCUUUUAUGAUCUGAGUAGGCUCCACUGUUUAGCAAGUAGUGGCCUUACAAACAAUUCAUGUGAACUGGCUUAUAUGGUGUAAUAACCAUGGUCAUUUCAUGGGUGCUGUUAGAAGAAUGGCAUCAACCUUCUCCUGUUGAGGUGGUUGGUUACUUUUUUCAGGCCUACAUUCUAUGUUCAUAUUGAUUCUGCCUCUCCGCUCUGUCAAAACUCCCCAAUCUGGUUUUCUAUUAGUUGAGGUGUGUAUACUCUGUAUUCUUAUUAUUUUUAAAAACAGAUUUCUGCUCAAAAAUAGCCACAAAUUCUGCACUUUGUAUAAACUAAUCAUAUUUGCAUGUAUCUUCAUAACAUGGAGCAAAGGACGGAGUUGGGGACUGGAGCUCCACCUCCUCCUCACUGGAAAUUCUGCUCAUUCACUUCUCUGGUUUUAGAUAUUUCACCAGACCUUGCACACAGGUACUGUAUGUCUCUCUCUGUCUUUCCAUGUGUGCGUGCAUAUGUGUGAGAAUACACACACACACACACACGUGCAAACACACACUCCUGCCUACUUAUUUUCUCAGCCUUUAAAGCUAGAGAUAUGUGUUGAGUUGAGAUAGUCAGGAGGCUGCAUUCUAUGUCCGCUACUAAUCUCACAAUUCAGACAGCCCUGUUUAUACAGAGACCUGCCUACACAAAUGCAGUACAGGCCUGGUUGAGCAGCCUCUUGGCCUUGGUGCAAUUUUGUCUUGACUGUAUACCCACGGAUAGGUCUUCAGUGGCAGAAAGAUCCCUUGAGCUGUAACAUCAAACCAUAGUUUGAUGUAAUGCAAGCCAGUCUUGGGUUUGCAUGCCACCCCCUCACGAGCCAUCUUCCACUUCCUCUUUUGACGUAAAACCAGCCUGUUGUUACAUCCAACUGCCAAAACAUGGUUUUGUACUUGCCCUUCAAAUUGGAAUUACAAACCACAAUCAAAACAGUAGUUUGCGAUUAUUUGGUCAGCAUGUGCAAACCAUAGCCUGCAAGGUUUGAUGUAAUGGCAUGCCAUGUUUUUUUAUGAAAAGGGGUGGAUUUGGAGCUUGGGAAAAGAGGAGGGAGUGCAGAAGCCUUAGGCUUCAUUUUACUUGUGAGCUGAAUCCUCACAUUUUAUUUUUCCGUCACAGGAAUCUUCAACCUCUUUUACAAGAUCUGUGUUCAUCACAAACAGACUCGCAUGUAAAUGUUGACAAAUAAGCAAGUAAAGAGAAGAGAUCUAGGUGGCAUCUGGUCACUGAUGUAUCUUGGAAUAAACAGAGGACUUCCCAUUAUAAUUGCUGAUUGCACAUUAUAGAAUGUGAAGCUCUCAUAGAUGUGGACUCCAUGCGCACAGACAUGGGCGAAACCUCCCAGAUGCCUAACACAUAGCUUAGAUGGACAACCGACAUACAAUGCAACUCAGGAUGCUUUUAGUUAGGUGGGUUUUACCAUGGCGAGACUGAUACAAAAUGCAGUUGGAGAAGUCUUAUGUUUAGGUAGCAGCAGUCCAGCAUUACCUUCCACCUCUCUCGUUGAUAGUGGCGAACAAUAAGCAUGUAUAAUUUAGGACAUAUAACUCAGUUAAAUAAGCUGUUCACUUACUACAUGGAAAUAAAUGUUUUGUUUACUUACGGGGUGGGCAGGGGAAGAAUAGAGGUUUGUUUUUAGUGACACAAUUUUUUUCACUGCACUUUUGUUUCUAUGGUGGUGUAGAUGCUUGUGGCAGCUCACCACAGUAGAUUCCAUCCAACUGUAGCUUUACAAAUGUCCAGCCAAACUGCACAGAUUUUGUUUGUUUGUUUGUUCAUUUGUUGAUUUCUGCUGUUUCCUCCCUAACUGAUGUUGUAGGGAGGGAAUUGCUUUAAUUCUGAAUGUCCUGGAUUAUGCAUUUUGGUGCCAUGAUACAACCUGGUGAACAUACCUAUAAGCUAAGUUAAGAUGCAUUGCUAGUUUCAGAAACUGACUGAAGCAGAUGUUCAUUUUAGUGAUGGGCAAGCCCUCCCCAGGCUUGAUUAGGAAUGGGUUCUCCCAAAAUGAAUUAAAUUUGGCUCAGUUCAGGCCUGAAUUAGCUCAUUUUACACUUCGGCCCAUUUGGGUUUCUCAGUGAUGCCAUCAGGAAUGUGUCAAGGCCUGGCAAUAGUGGCCUUAAUUAUGCAGCAGCAGCAGCAGCAUGGUAGCCACUGGGUCUUUAGGAGCAUUUGAAAAGUACAGUUCCCAGGAAUCCUAGCACCCAGUGUGCUUUUGUGAGCAUCCUCUGCUCCAUCAUAAAUACCAAGCCCCCAGGAAAUUCUAGUUUCCACAGGUCCUUGUGUCCACAAUGCUGCUGCCACCUAAUGAAGAUCCAGCAGCAACCCAUUUCAUCACCACCAUUUUAUGUAGUAAAUUUAAGACGAAGCUAUGAUAGUGGAAGGAUUGAUGCUGGGGCCAAACUAAUUUUGAGUUGAUCCCAAACUUGGGAGGGAUUUGGACUCAGCUUAGAGGCCACUUGGAAAUUUUGAACUAAGGAAAUCCUACUCUAAACUCUCUGGUUUCAAAUGUCAGCUGCAUCAUUACUGUAGCUUACUAAAGUUACCACCUCCUGAUCGUAAGAGGGCUUGUUAAUUAUGUUGAAGGAAGAUGCUCCGGAGGGUCAGCUCAUUGAAAGGGGAUUCUGGUUUUUUCCUGAAUUUCUCUCUGCCACAAAAUUAUUAAGGCACAGAAGCCUUCUACAUCCGGAGCUGGAAAUCCUUUAGCUUGAAGAUAGGGGUUUUGCUGUUGUCUUCCACUACAUCACCCCAAGGAAUCAAAUUUCCCUCUUGGGGUUUUCUCCAAUGUGGUAGAUGGCACACAGGGUAGGGGAUGAGGAGUUGGAUGAUACAAUAGCAUUGGUUUGGGAUUGUGAAAAAGAAUGAAGUAUGUGUGACAUAUGACUCCACCUUUAGCUUUACGGAUUGCUUGUAGCUAAUAUGGAGGGCUGAUUAGCACAAUCCAUUUAUGGUUUUAGGCUGACAAUAUCAGUGUCGUGCUCAGCUGAGCGUUUUAUUGAAGUUAAACCACUGCUGAGCAAAAUUCACAAUGGCAGUUGAAGGAGCCACAUCCUGGCAAAGCUAAGUGGGUCAUGUGAAUCAGCCCUAAAGAACCAGCAAUAGCACCGUGCAGGCUAGGGUAUAUAGAUAUAAUCUGAACACUGACUGGAUGUGCAAGAAGGCAUACAGUGGUGUGUACAGUCUUCCAUACUAUUAAGAGCAAGUGUUGGUUAUACAACAUCUGCAUGUGUAACCACUUCAUAAAGGCAUAGCAGAAAGUAGCUAUUCGGUGGAGGUUUUGAGUAUUAGUAGAACUGAUAGUAUGACUAUUUGUGUUCUAUUCAGCAAUGCUAGAAGAAUCCAUAAGUCUAAUAUGGUGUGGGCAUAUUGGAGUUGGAUGUUUGAUGGACUGUUGCUUAAGGUGGCACAGAGGUUGUACGGCACAUAGACCCUGUGCCAUAGCAUUUCAUACACAGUGUAAGAACCCACCCUUCUUCUCUUGAAGUGCUCAUUCUCUGCCUUUUUUCCAGUCACUCUUUAAAAAGCACUCUGUGCACUGCAGCCCUAAAUCAUUACUAUGCAGAACUACACCAACUUUAUUGCUCAGAUAGUUGCAAACAUUGGGUUGGAUCCAGACUAAGGCUGCAAUCCUAUAUACAGGUAUAAGUAUUGCUCAGCUCACUGGGGCUUACUUUUGAGUAAACAUGAUAGGAUUGUGCUGUAAGUUAGUUGCAUUUAGGUCCCAAUUAAAUCAGUGGGACAAGACAGUCAUGACUUAAGUCCAAUUGAUUUCAAUGGGAACUAAGCUCAACUAGUAUAGUCUGGAUCUAACCCACUUUGUUUCUUUUCCAUUUGUUACAUGUUCCUGAAGUGACAAGACUUCCCUCCGCAUGGAUUGCAUAAAAACAUUUCCUAUCUCAUCUACUAUCAAAUAACUGAUCGAUCACCCAUCUGAUGUGCAUAAACACCCCCUUUUUUUACCAUAAUACUCUAUAGAUGAAGUAACUAUUCCUUAUCAUAGCAUCUGUAUUUGGGCUUACCAACAUAGAGUACAUCUUGUUCCAUUAGCAUAUGCUUUUUGAGAAAGCAUAUCAACAGUUCUUCUAGCUCUGACUUACAUACAUCUUGAUUUGUGGCAGUUCAGUUUGCCUUUAGUGCUAUCGAGAUGUUAUUUUCUUUUCUUGGGACUUAAAACUCAUAAGGGCUUUAAAAACAAAAAGGGCUGCUACCUACAACAAGCUAUAUACUCAGAGUAGGAAAGUGCCCCAAAGGACCACUACCCAACUCUCCUAGCUGUAGUGUAGCAUUUAUAUAGCAACAAACUCUCUUUGCCUUAGUAAAGAUGUUUCACUGAAUAAUGGCCUUACAGUGGGCACAUCUGCAUAGACACAAUAUACUGUUUUGCCUGAAGUUAGGCCAAGGUGGCAUUGCAUUGGAUUGUAUUGGUUUUGGUUUUGUAUGAUUUAUGUACUGAAACUGAGUUUUUAAAAGCCUUACUUUAAAAAAAAUAGAAAUAAAACUUUGUGGAUUUAUGAACGUGUGUGUGUGUAUACACAUACAUACACUCACACAAAAUUAAAUGUCUGAAAUAUAGUACAUGUCUCAUGUUCAGAGGACAUCCUCUUGAUUGUAACAUAUGUGUUCCUCGCCAGAAACAACAGAAGCUCAGCUUGAUCACUGAAAGUCACUGGAUCCCUCCAACAGGGAUCCCUGGUUCCUGCUGGAUUUAUCUGAUACUACACAGACCACUUGGAUUAGCUCACAUGGCAGAUUCAAGAAUCUGUCCUUGUCAUUUGCUGUGGACAAGUAUUUUUAUUUUCUACGUAGUAAAGUCAAUUCAGCAGGGAGUAAGGCAAUGCCUUGUUUGGAAGAGAAUCAAUCUGGACUUUGGACAUUUCAUGAUAACAGCAAUAAAUGUUAGCAAUCAAUUUCCCUUUCAAAAAAUACAUUUUAAAUGCAAAAAUUUUGGAAGUGUUUUUUAAAUAUUAUUAUUAGCACUGCUGAACUUGCUUACAGGGAAUUUGCCAUGCACCUGCAGUCAUUGCUCUUUGGAAUAGGUGUUCAUGAAACAUUAAGAUACAUGAAGAAAAAAGAAGGCAGAAAGGACAUAUUUCUGGGUUUGAUUGUAAGAAAGCCUGGCUUCUUUGGCAAAUAACCAUUGUGUUUCAAGUGCAUUUUUGGAUAGUCCUUAUUGAACAGGACAAGCAGAUAUGUUUAGGAUUGUAGCAGUGUUGUCCAGCAUUUGUUUUUGAUGUUUAAGAAUCAAAUGAAUCAAAAGAUGAUGAUGGCCAAAAAAGCCUUUGGGAAAAUAUGAAUUCUGAUAACAUUCAGUGUGUGUGUGUGUGCGUUUACACACUGUGUGUGUGUGUGUGUUUCUGUCCAUGGUAACUGCACAGAUGCAGACAUAUUGACAUGUAUACAACGUCAAUUCUGUAGUUUGUGUUACAUUUGUUCAAAAUCGACUGAAGACUAUUCCUUCACCUGAAAAUUAAGAAGACUGCUGAUUUGUACUCUCUCAAAUGACUUUAUUGCACUAUAGAGCAGCUCAGUCUCAGGAAUUUACUUGUUACUUUGACGAUGUAAAUAAAGCUUUCUGAUUCUGUAACCUGC